CCCCACACCACCGCUCCCGCCCGCACGCCCGCCGCCGCCGUCGCUCCACGCUGCACUAGAAUGCGCUGCGCGGCCGGCUCAUGCGCCCCCGCCUCUCCCCUGCGGCGCUGAUCCCGCGCCGCUCGCCGGGCAACUCCUCCUCCUCCUCUUCCGUUCCCGUCGCCUCGUCCUCGGCCCUGCCUUCAUCCUCUGCUUCCGCCCACGCCUUCUCCCGCGACGCUACCUCGCCGCUCUCCUUUCUCUAUCCGCCGGCGUGCCACGUCUUUCUGCGCCGCGCCUCGAGCAGCAGCGCCGCCGCCCGUGCCGCUGCUGCCUAUGCCCACGCCGCCUACGCCCGCGACGAGGCCGACGUCCAUGCGCACGACGAGCACGUCUCGUCGGCCCUGCAGCGGCGCGAGCCGGGCACUGGCAACUUCUUCACGCGCCUCGCGCCGCCGCAUCCUUCUGUCGCUGAGGCCAGUGCCCAGCGGCGAGCCGCAGGCCGGCAGCACGACGGCCAGGUGACGGCGGGCGCGCCGGAUUGGGAGCAGGCGUCGGAGCUCGCGGAGGGCAAGGGCAAGGCGGCGGCUCAGCAGCCCGGUGAGAUGCCGCAGGGUCAGGAAGCGGAAGACGCGGUCUGCCUCGCCGUACGGGCGCUGGUGGCUCAGGCCAAGCCUGUGAAGGCGGCCCGAUUACUUCUUCAAGACGUUGCGAGGCACUCGAGAACAGACGCCGGUCAUGCCGAAGCGCAGUCAGUAGCGAUGCGGCAGCUGCACUCGGACGUUCUCUCAGCGCUUAGUGCCGAGAUCGCGCUGUCCGACGCACCAGCGGCGACAGCCCGCUCGCUCGCUGCUCAGCUCUUCGAGGCUGGGCGUGCUUCCGCCUACUCCGAGGCUCACUACAUGCGCAGCCUGCUGGCGCGGAGCGAGCUGCUGGGCGCCAUCAAGGUGCUGCGAACGAUGCUGGAGCGCGGUCACGCGGGCCGGGUGCUGCUGCGUGACCUCCGAGCAGCGAAGCGGAAUGCGCCGGGCCACGACGCUGCGGUCAUGGAGCUCGGCCGGCUAUGCGUCGAAGGCCUGCUGCCGCUCGAGCAGGAAAAGGCGCACAUCGCUCGCAAUGCCUCGACGAGCAUCGGGUGGAUCCUGCGUUCGGUGGCCAGGCUCUGCUCGUCGCCAGACCAGCGCACAAGCUCGGCUGCGCGCCAGUUGCUCUCCGACUAUGUUGCACGGAUACCGCGCGAGCCGGUCGCUGCUGCACCGGGAACUGAGAGGGCUUCACGCGCUGCGUCGCUGCCCGACGCCUACACGCUCAACACGCUCGUGCAUCAUCUGCUGCAGAAGGGGCAGCCGCAUCAAGUCGCCGUGGAUCUGCUGCAGGUCUACAUGGCGCAUCGAGGCAGCCUCGACGACGUGACGAUCAGCGUGCUGCUCCGCCGUGCGACCGUGCUGGGCAACCCGCGGCUCGCCAACGCAGCAUUGAUGCUCGGCGCUCGCGCCACGAGGAGACGCCAGCUCAUCGCCAAGGGCCGCGCAGACUUGGCCGAGCGCGACGGCGCGCAGCUGGAGCUGAAGCAGACGACAUCGCUUGGCUCGCAGCUGCGCGAUGCGGUCAGCCGCGGCGACAGCUGGAGGCUCGUCGCGCUGCUGGCGCAUGCUACUGCCACUGGGCGCUUCAGGCGCGCCGAUCCGCCACCUGCGCGACUCUCGCGGCCGAGGCCGGGCACGCCUGCGCGAGACAGCCCGCCGUCGACGUUGCCCACGCAAGGACGGCUGCGCUCUGCACCUCCGCCUCGCAAGCAGGCGCGGCAGAUCGUCAGGAUCCUGUAUCCGUCGCUGCACAAGUUCUCGCAGGGUGUACGCGCACGCCGGACACAGCUGGCUCACCUGCAGAGCGCAAGUCCCAACGCUGCGGAGCUCUUGCCCACGCAGCCGGAUCCAGCCUGCGUCCUGCAUCCGCACGUCCUGUCAGCAGCUCUGAACCUCUGCGCCAAAGCGGGCCGCACGGGCCUUGCCGAGCGCGUCUGGCGCCUCCUGUGCCAGACCGUCGGAGCCGCUGCAAGCAGAGGUGGUGCAGGCGAGCUGCUAGGCGAAUCCGCAGCCCAAGGCUUGGCGCCGAGUCUGGCUUGCUACGUGCCGGUUCAAGCGGCGACGUCGAUGCUGCAGGUCUACGCGCGCGAGGCACGCAAGGGCAUGCCUCUGCACCUCCGCUUCCCUGCUCGCCGAGGCGGACUGCAGCGCGACGUCCGCGGCCCUGCGCGUCGGCAGCGGCUGGCCCGCACUGCUCGCCGACGAUCAAAGUCAUGGGCCCGCGGCUGGACGCCUCGCUCGCGCGGCUUCGCCCUGCCUCGCUGGCUUGCCGCACGCGUCUCUGCAGCCUCGAUGUACCGCCAUCUGCGGGCGCACUGGCAGCUCGAGCAGCACGCGAACGCUGUACCUGCGGCCACCAGUGCGAGGCAGGUGCUGCCGCCGCGACCUGACGCCAGGAUCUUCGACGUGUUGCUCGACAUCUUCGGCCGGCGGCCGGGCAUGGCAAGACGCAGCUCGCGUCAUCGCGGACGUCACAGCAGCCUGCAAGUCAGCGGGUCACCGACGCUGAGCGCCGACUCGGACGCUCCGCCCGCGCCCUCGUCGUGGCAGGAUGUGCUCGACGACGACCCGAAGCAGGUGGCACUGCACGGCGCCUUCUUGCCACGGACGCUGGACCCCUUCCUGCUCCUCGUGCUGGCCGACAUGGCUCUGCUUGGCAUUCCCGUACCGCCCGCGUACCGCAAGCUCGUGGCCGGCGGGGAUCAGCUGUGGAAGGCUAGCGAGUCGCAUAGCGGCGGUGCCUGGCGCGUGGACGCGCGUCUGCGCAAGCGUGGGACGGACAAGAGGUGAUGCGUCGGGAGGCAGGGCUAGCGGCGGACAGCCCACACAAAUAGAAGCUAAUUUUGCAUGAUGCG